GUGGUGUGAAUAAUUAUGGGCUUAACUUUUAUUCUUGAUUUUAUCCAAUUCUUCUUAAUUUUAUAAUUUUAAUUGAAAUAAUCCUGCAAUAGCAUUUACUUCUGGAUCAACUGUAGUUUCCAAAGUAAAGGUUUAAUUAAAGAAUAUAACCUACUGUACAAGGCUAUUUACUAAAGAAAGAUUAAAUAGAUCAAAUAUGUGAGUAACACUAAAAACACACAAGAGCUAAAUAGUUUAUAGGCAAUCACAGAGGUGUUAGUAUUCAAUUGAGGAAACUUUUUUUUUGCUUAUGUAGAAUGUAGGAUAUUCAAGAAGAAUUAUGCUGUAAACAAAGGAUUGACGGAUGAUAUGGACAAAUCCAACCACAAGGGGUGUCAUCUCUGUGAUGUAAUUCUGAUGUUCUGUAGAAGAGCUAUAUUAACCAGUAGAAACACUCACACCCAUCUUUAGAGACUUACAGGAUGGAGAUGUCACUCCUCCUUAUUGACUUGGGACUGGCUGUGGAUCUAUGUGUUGUCUUAGUUCUUGCUUUUGUUGGGUCAGAUAGGAUAAACAAUGGGGCUUUACCUGUAAAAUGUACCCGGCAGGGUACAACUCGUAUUCCUACAUUCUCAAUGGAUGGGGACUACAUUAUUGGUGGUGUUUUUUCCUUCCACUACAAGGAGCUUACAAAGAUUCAUUCAUACACCACCUUGCCUGAGCCACCCACUUGCAGAGGGAGUAUCAACAGUCGUGAACUGCGCUUCGGUCGUGCAGUGAUGUUUGCUAUUGAGGAGAUCAACAACAGCACGGAGCUGCUGCCUGGGAUUAAACUCGGCUAUGAGAUAUAUGACUCAUGUGCCUCUGUGCCUGUGGCCAUACAUGUGGCAUUUCAACUGUCAAAUGGGGAAGACCCUGUUUUUCAGAUAGGUGAUAAUUGUUCUCAAUCAGGUGUGUUGAUGGGUGUUAUUGGUGAGUCUGGGUCCACACAAUCCAUCAGCAUGUCACGCAUCUUUGGACCCUUCAAAAUUCCUCUUGUGAGCCACUUUGCCACUUGUGCAUGCCUGUCAGAUAAGCAGCAGUACCCAACUUUCUUCAGAACUAUUCCCAGUGACCAUUACCAAGCUGAUGCAAUGGCCAAACUGGUGAAACACUUUGGUUGGACUUGGAUAGGAGCGGUCCACUCUGACUCAGAUUAUGGAAGAAAUGGUAUGGCAUCUUUUCUUGUAGCAGCAAGCCGAGAGGGGAUCUGUGUAGAGUACAUUGAAUCUUUCUAUCGGACCGACCCAAGAAGCAAGAUACAAAGAGUAGCUGAUGUUAUCCGCAGGUCAACAGCAAUUGCGGUAGUGGCAUUCAUAGCCGAUGGUGAUAUAAAAUUCCUGUUUGAAGAACUGGAUCAACACCGUCCUCCACCUCGUCAGUGGAUUGGAAGUGAGAGCUGGGUAACAGACCCUCAAUUAAUGAGCUUCAGCUUCUGUGCAGGUGCAAUAGGAGUAGCCAUUCAGCAAUCUGUCAUCCCUGGCUUUAGAGACUUCCUUCUGGAUCUCUCUCCCUCUGAAGUGGGUGCCUCCUCAGUCCUUACUGAAUUCUGGGAGGAUGCAUUCAACUGCAGCUUGACAAAAACUACCUCUGCAGAAAAGAAGCAAUGUGAUGGAACUGAAGAAUUAAAGACACUCAAGAUCCCGUAUACUGAGACGUCUAAGUUCAGAAUUAUUAACAUGGUGUACAAGGCUGUUUAUGCAAUUGCACACGCUAUUCACAAUGCAGUGUGUCAGGAAACUAAUUUCACAACUCACUGUAAAAAACAAACAAGUUUAGAAUUUAAUCAGGUUUUCACUGAGCUAAAGAAAGUCAGCUUUACCCAAAAUGGCUACCAUGUCUCUUUUGAUGCUAAUGGAGACCCCGUGGCUGCUUAUGAGAUUGUCAACUGGCAGAAGAGUGAGAGUGGCAUUAUUGAGCUGGUCACAGUGGGGUACUAUGAUGCGUCACUGCCAAAGGGCCAGGAGUUUCGUAUUAACAGGAACUUAACCUGGGUGGAUGAAGAAAUGGAAGUCCCGAUUUCAGUUUGCUCUGAGAGUUGUGCUCCAGGGACUUAUAAAGUGUUGCAGAAAGGAAAACCUAUCUGCUGCUAUGAUUGUAUACCAUGUCCUGAAGGAGAGAUCAAUAAUAUCACAGAUUCUCCUGAAUGCAUCCCAUGUCCCAGAGAAUUCUGGCCAAACUCAAAGAGGGAUGCUUGUUUCCCUAAACCUGUGGAGUUUCUUACUUUUGAUGAAGUCCUAUCAGUGAUCCUGGCUACAUUCUCUGUUAGUGGGGCCUGUCUGACCUUUGCAACAGCAGUGAUUUUCUUCUACCACAGGACAACUCCAAUUGUCAGAGCCAACAACUCUGAGUUGAGCUUUCUGCUGCUCUUCUCUCUGACUCUGUGUUUCUUAUGUUCAUUAACAUUCAUCGGAGCACCGUCUGAAUGGUCCUGUAUGCUACGACACACAGCGUUUGGCAUCACCUUUGUUCUUUCUAUCUCCUGUGUUCUUGGGAAAACUAUAGUGGUUUUAAUUGCCUUUAAAGCUACACUUCCUGGCAACAAUGUCAUAAAAUGGUUUGGUCCUCCACAGCAAAGAAUGACUGUAAUGUCCCUCACAUUGUUUCAAGUUUUAAUAUGUAUUGUGUGGUUAGUUGUAAGUCCUCCCUUCCCAGUGAAAAAUCUAACCACCUACAAGGAGAAGAUCAUCCUGGAAUGUGCAUUAGGCUCUGCUGUUGGCUUCUGGGCUGUGCUUGGCUACAUUGGCCUGCUGGCUGUUUUUUGUUUUGUGUUAGCUGUUCUAGCUCGGAAACUACCUGAUAAUUUUAAUGAAGCCAAGAUGAUAACCUUCAGCAUGUUGAUAUUCUGUGCAGUGUGGAUCACCUUCAUCCCAGCAUAUAUCAGCUCUCCUGGAAAAUUUACUGUGGCUGUGGAGAUAUUUGCCAUUCUAGCCUCCAGUUUUGGACUGAUACUGUGCAUAUUUUUCCCAAAGUUCUUGAUAAUUUUGUUUCAGCCAGAGAAGAACACCAAGAGAUAUUUAAUGAACAAAAAUCAAACCUAAAAUGUUAAAAGUUUGAAAUCCAGAAUACACGAUGUAAUGUGAUAAAUCAUGCAACAAAACCUAAACUUCUCAGGAUCAUAAAUACUUGGAUUGUUCUAUUGAUCUAUUGUUGGAGGUUAUAUAUAAAUAGCAAAUGAAAUUUUAAACAUACAGUGUAUAUAUGAGUUUGGUUUUCACUUUUUGAUUUUAAAUUUUGUUUCAGUGCUCUUAAAUGGAAACUUGAUAUAUCAUCAUUUAGCGGUACAGUUGGAGUGAUUACAAAUAAAGCUGAUGAUUGAAUUUUAGUUAUUUCAUUAACCUUCAGAACUCAGUAGUACAUAUGGUAGUAUAUACACUGCUCAAACAAAUAAAGGGAAUGCUCAAAUAACACAUCCUAGAUCUGAAUGAUUGAAAUAUUCUCAUUGAAUACUUUGUUCUGUACAAAGUUGAAUGCGCUGACA